AAGAAAAAAAGCAGAUUCCUCUUGGGCGGGCCACACUCAUCAGCCUCCACUUUCCAACUAGCAAAACUCCAUUUGGUGAAUAUCUAUCAGCAUUCACGCAUAGCACCCUUUGGUUUUCUCAGUGCAACACAACUUCCUUUUCCACAGAGCAAAAAAUGGCUGAAGUAUUCCUUGGUGCUAUCGUUGACGUGCUAGCUGAGAAGUUAGGAUCCGGUGAUCUGUGGAACUUUGCACGUAAGGAGCGGAUUGAUACUCAGCUGAGGAAAUUGAGCAGCAUGUUGGAACAAGUUCAGGCGGUGGUUGCGGAUGCUGAGGAGAAACAAAUCACCGAUCGGGAGACUAAUUUGUGGCUCUCCGAUCUUGAAGACUUGAGUUAUGAUAUGGAUGACAUACUGGAUGAGUUCGCUACUGAAGCUUUGCGACAGAAGGUGAUGGAAGCGCCUCGAGCUAGCCCCAGCAAGGUACGUAAACUCAUACCUAAUUGGUUCACAAGUUUCAAUCCAAGCACUCUUGUGUCCGAUUUUAGAAUGAAGCCCAAGAUGGACGAGAUUGACAAGAUCACUGCAAGGUUGCAAGACCUUUUUAAUCGGAGAAUGGGGCUUGGCUUGAAAGGCAUUGCUGCAGGGGGGUCUGGUAAAGCUCCUCAAAGACGACCCACUUCAUCUUUGAUAACUGAACCGUGUUUGUAUGGUAGGGAUAAUGAUAAAAAGGCGAUACUAGAGUUGCUCCUAACUGAUCAAUUUUGUAGUAGCAAAGUUGGUGUGGUCCCGAUUGUUGGUAUGGGUGGGGUUGGCAAGACCACCCUUGCUCAGAUGGUCUACAACGAUGAGAUGGUGGACAAGCAUUUUGAGAUGAAAGCAUGGGUCUGUGUAUCAGAAGUGUUCAACAUUGUAGGAGCGACUAAAGCGAUUCUUGAGUCUGUCACUUUGAGGACCUGUGAGUUUAAAUCCCUGGAUCAAGUUCAAGUUGAACUAAAAAAGACUUUGGCUGGGAAAAAGUUCUUGAUUGUUCUUGAUGACGUGUGGAACAAAAACCACAGUGACUGGAGCAGUUUAAAGAGCCCUUUUAGUGAUGGAGCCCUAGGAAGUAAAGUCAUUGUAACAACCCGCAUUAUGGAUGUUGCAUUUAUGAUGGCUGGACCCAAUAAAUAUCACUUCCUAAAGGAACUAUCCGAGGAUGAGUGUUGGUCAGUGUUUGCACAACAUGCAUUUGAGGAUAGAAGUAUGGAUUCAAGUGAUCAAAAUUUGGUUUCAAUUGGUCGAGAAAUUGUGAAAAAAUGUGAAGGUUUGCCUUUGGUUGCUAGGACACUUGGUGGCCUUCUACGGUGUAAAUCGAGAGAGGAUGAAUGGGAAGGAGUAUUAAAUAGUAAAAUUUGGGAGUUAUCAGAAGAGGAAAGUCAUAUUCUUCCAGCUUUGAGAUUAAGUUACUAUCACCUCCCUUCGCAUUUGAAGAAGUGUUUUGCAUAUUGUUCCAUAUUGCCGAAGGACUACGAAUUUGAGGAGGAGGAACUAGUUUACUUGUGGAUGGCAGAAGGCUUAAUUCCAAAGCAAACAGGACAAAGGAAAAUGGAAGAUCUUGGGUGCGAGUACUUCCAAGAAUUGUUAUCGAGGUCAUUUUUUCAACCAUCACGUAGUAGUGAACUCUUUGUUAUGCAUGACCUCAUCAAUGAUUUGGCUCAAUUUUUUGCAAGCAAAACUUGUUUUAGGCUGGAGGAUAAGUUGAAAGAGAAUGAGGGAGAUGAAAGUAUCAGUAAGGCUCGACAUUCAUCCUACACACGUGGUGAUCGUGAUGGCAUAAAGAGGUUUGAGGCCUUUAAGAAAGCCAAAAAUUUGCGGACUUUUUUACCAUGUGGGUCUAGAUAUCAAGAUGAGUCCUACUUGACAAGCGACGUUCCCCUCCGUUUAUUGCCGGGUCUUAGACGUUUACGUGUGCUUAGUUUGCGAAGAUAUAAAAUUGGUGAGCUUUCAAGUUCGAUUGGGGAUUUGAAGCAUGUGAGGUACCUUGACCUUUCAUGUGCCUUGAUUUUAACGCUACCGGAAUCAAUAGGCACUCUCUACAACCUACAGACACUAAUUUUGAGAGACUGUCAAAAUCUCAACACGUUGCCUGCAAACACGAGUGACUUGAUUAGUUUGCGUCAUCUCGAUGUUACUGGUGCAAAUUCCUUACGAGAAAUGCCUCCAAAAAUAGGAAAAUUGACAGGUCUCCAAACUUUAUCAAACUUCAUUGUUGGCAAUGGCAACGAGUCUAUGAUAACUGAGCUAGGCAACUUGAUUCAUCUUCGAGGGACACUUAGCGUAUCAGGGUUGGAGAACGUGACAGAUGCUCUAGAUGCCAAGAGGGCCAACUUGAAGGAUAAACAAGGCUUAGAUGUGCUAUUGAUGAAAUGGAGUAAUGUCUCAGAUAAUGCUCGGAAUGGAAGUGUUGAAUCAAAAGUGCUUGAUAUACUAGAACCUCACAAGAAGUUAAAAAAGCUUUCCAUUUAUGGCUACGGUGGCCUCAAAUUCCCAACUUGGGUUGGAAAUUCUUUGUUCUCCAAUAUGGUAUACUUGAAGUUCGAAAAUUGUGAAAAAUGCACUUCCUUGCCGCCUUUGGGGCAGUUAACCUCGCUUGCAAAACUGUACAUUCAAGGCAUGAAGGUAGUACGUUAUGUUGGACUUGAAUUCUAUGGCUUGUGUCGCCCAAACCCUUUUCCAGCUCUAGAGAUUUUAACCUUCGACGACAUGCCCGAAUGGAAAGACUGGACUCCUUUUGGAGCUCAAGCAUUUGCUCGCCUAUCAGAGCUCUCCAUUAAAAGAUGUCCCAAGCUUCCGCAUGAGUUGCCAAGAAAUCUUCCUCGAUUAGGAAAUCUGUAUAUUGAGGAGUGCCCGGUGUUGGUGGUUGCUUGGAUCCCAAGCCCUGCGGAGCUGAAUGAAGUGAGAAAUAUGCUUCACUUUGCUUCACUAGUCUCCUUGCAUCUAAAAGAUGUGUCGAUUGCUGACUCAUUGGGUAGUUUAGAAGCUGCUGAUCAAGUAGUGCUCAAAAACUCAAGCCAUAGCCUCUUGAGCUCGCUGACUUUCCUCCAAAUGGAAAAUAUUCAGGGCACAUGCCUACCCAGUUGGGUUUUUCAAGGGCUGACGAGAAUCCAAGAAUUAUCUCUCUGCAGUUUCGAAGAACUCACAACAUUGUGGGAGGACGAUGAGAGACUACAAAACUGUCUCCCUGCCCUCCGACGUCUCACUAUUGAAGGUUUCCCCCAACUUGUUUCCUUGUUUGCAGAAAGAGAAGAAGGAGAUGACCUCAAAUCUCUUCAAGAGCUUUCCAUCUCCAAGUGUCCACGCCUCAUCUCUUUCCCUGUCUUGCCGUCUACCCUGAAAGAGCUGCGGAUUGAUCACUGUGAUGGGCUGGUGUCCCUACCUGAUUUGACGUUGCUGAAUAAUCUUGAGAAGCUGUUCCUUUUUUCCUGUCCAUCUCUGCUGUACUUAACUUCCGGAAGGGGGCUACCGCUCGCUCUCAAAGAACUGUGGGUUUGUCUUUGUGCAGAGCUAAAGUCGCUAAUAGCAGAGGAGGGGAUUAAGAUCAAUUGUCCAUCUCUUGAAUCUGUUAAGAUCAGGGAGUGUCAGCGCCUCAAAACCCUACCAGAUGUCAUGCAAAAUAGUAAUGGUCUCAAGAAUCUCAGUCGACUGGAGAUAUGUUGGUGUGGUAAUCUGGAGUCCAUUCCGGAAGGAUGGUUUCCCACAACCAAUUUCAGGGAAUUCAGUAUCUCUACCUGCGAGAAACUCAAGCCCCUUCCAUACCACGCGUACAACAACAACCGCCUCGCUUCUGUUAAAAAGCUGUUCCUACGUAGUUCCCCUAUGGCUACAGGACUCCUCUCCCACAUUCUGGAUGAAGGAAGUUCCUCCAACUUCACCAACCUCACUGAACUUUUAAUCCACAACAUCGACAUCGGUAAGCUGUGUGGCUUGCACCGAUUGUACUCUCUCAGAGAACUCUCCCUUGUGAAUUGUGAUUGGGUGUCCUUUCCAGAAGAUGAGAUGUUGUCGUUUCCCUCCUCUCUGGUCCAUCUGGGCAUCCUUUGUUCCCCAAAUCUAGAGAAGCUUUCGUUCAAGGACUUUGAAAACCUUGUCUCUCUUGAAAAACUUUGUAUCGGUUGUUGCCCCAAGCUCACGUCCAUUUCAGAGCUAAGAUUGCUUCCCUCGCUUUUGCAUUUGGAGAUCUCUGACUGCCCCAACCUCACAUCGUUUCCAGAGCAAUGGCUGCCUCCCUCGCUUUCGCAUUUGGAAAUCACUGGCUGCCCUGAGUUCACAUUGUUUCCGGAGCAAGGGCUGCCUCCCUCGCUUUUGGAUUUGUGGAUCUUUGACUGCCCCAACCUUGCAUCGUUUCCUGAGCAAGGGCUGCCUCCCUCGCUUUUGGAUUUGGGGAUCUUUGACUGCCCCAACCUCGCAUCAUUUCCGGAGCAAGGGCUGCCUCCCUCGCUUUUGCAUUUGUCGAUCAUUGGAUGUCCGAUACUGAAACGACGAUGUGAAAAGAGGAGAGGCCAAUAUUGGCGCUUCAUUGCACACAUUCCUGAAGUCGAGAUAGACAAUAGAUUCGUCUUUGACCUUGAAGACUAAUGGCCCAGAUGGAUUCAGCACAGAGAGUUAGCCUUGUACUUAUGACAGCACCAGAAUGUGCAAGCCUGCUCUUUUCAUUGCUGUCUUCAGCACAAUAUCUUUCUUGUUUCGUGCUGUCCCUUCAGAGGUUCCCAGCUAGAUACCUAUGCAAAUUCCAGAACCACCUUAGAGGCAAGAAAGGGUGUUGGAGAGUCUCUUAUCAAGGCGUCUUAGAUCUGGUGCAGUUGUGGGAUUCCUUCUUGUUGCAUAUGGUCUUUGGUUUUGCACAUAUGUAGUACGGCGAUGAUUGGAAGCGCUAAGUGUCAAACAGCUAUUUUUUGUACAGAUUGUUCAAUUUUAUUGUGAGAUUUGAAAAGAGUGGGUGAAUUUCCAUUGGAGAGGAGUUUUCACUCCGAAAAAGGCAAGAGUACAUGUGGUGUUAUUGUAUAUAAGAUCAUGGCUGCACUUAGGAGGGGUUUUCCUCUUCUUUAAGCCUGGUGGUGAUCUCACUUUCGAAAGGAAGGCCUCUUUGAAUCUGUAACUGGUUUCAGCCUUGAUGGGUUUUCUAUGGUCCUGUUUUUGGCAGAGGAAGUGGAGGUAUUCAUGGAAAAGCUGCUGAUGCUGGUGCCAAUAUUACAGACAAGGUCGAGUAGAGCAUCUCCGAGGAUGAUCCGAGAAUCGAGCGGUGAUAGAUAGCUGACAAAGAUCGUGAUAUUGCUGGUAUGGGAUAUGAUCUUUUCGUAUCCUCACGCAAAAUCAACAUGUGCUGGUCUUGUUUUUGGCUCCAUCUCCUCAUUUGGAAUCAACUAUUACUGCAAUGCUCUAUCUUUGCUCAUUAGCUUUUCAGGUAUCCUUGUUUGUUUGCGCAUCACGUGAGUGCGUCUAAGUGUUUAUAUACGUGUGUGAGGCAUGUGGGCCCACCUCUUGUGUUAGUACUUAGUGUAGGUGCUUGUGUAUGUGUGUAUUAUUUUGACGAUUUGUGUUUGAGUGAGAUGCUAUUCGUACUCCAAAAACUCAGAAAAUGAGUGUAAGCGUGUCCGCAAAAUGAGUAUCACUGGCUUUGUCAA